GGCUGCCGCCGGGCCCUAUAUCCGGUGUCCGCCCGCCCUCGGCUCCGUUGCCGCCGCCGCUGCCGCGAUGCUGUCCCGGUCCCGCUGCGUGUCCCGAGCCUUCAGCCGCUCGCUCUCCGCUUUCCAGAAGGGGAACUGCCCUCUAGGGAGACGUUCCCUGCCUGGGGUCUCCUUAUGUCAGGGACCAGGUUACCCUGACAACAGGAAGAUUGUCAUUAACAGCAGCAAUGUCUUCACUGUUCGUUUCUUCAGAACUACAGCUGUGUGCAAGGAUGAUGUGGUUACUGUCAAAACCCCAGCAUUUGCAGAAUCUGUCACAGAGGGGGAUGUCAGGUGGGAGAAAGCUGUUGGAGACACGGUUGCAGAAGAUGAAGUGGUUUGUGAGAUUGAAACUGACAAGACAUCUGUGCAGGUGCCAUCACCUGCAAAUGGUGUGAUUGAGGCUCUUUUGGUCCCUGAUGGAGGAAAAGUCGAAGGAGGCACUCCUCUUUUCACACUCAGGAAAACUGGCGCUGCUCCUGCUAAGGCCAAGCCAGCUGAAGCACCUGCUGCUGCACCCCCAAAAUCAGAGCCUACAGUGUCAGCAGUUCCUCCACCCCCUGCAGUAUCCAUACCCACUCAAAUGCCACCAGUGCCCUCGCCCUCACAACCCCCUGCUAGCAAACCGGUGUCUGCGGUAAAACCUACUGCUGCCUCUCUAGUAGCUGAGCCGGGAGUUGGCAAAGGUGUGCGUUCAGAACAUCGGGAGAAAAUGAACAGGAUGCGGCAGCGCAUUGCCCAGCGUCUAAAAGAGGCCCAGAAUACGUGUGCAAUGCUGACUACUUUCAAUGAGAUUGACAUGAGUAACAUCCAGGAGAUGAGGGCUCGGCACAAGGAUGGUUUUCUGAAGAAACAUAACCUCAAACUAGGCUUCAUGUCGGCAUUUGUGAAGGCCUCAGCAUAUGCCUUGCAGGAGCAGCCUGUUGUAAACGCAGUGAUUGACGAUGCAACCAAAGAAGUGGUGUACAGGGAUUAUAUUGACAUCAGUGUUGCAGUGGCCACCCCGAGGGGUCUGGUGGUUCCCGUCAUCAGGAAUGUGGAAGUUAUGAAUUACGCAGAUAUUGAGAAAACCAUUAGUGAACUGGGAGAGAAGGCCCGAAAGAAUGAACUUGCCAUUGAAGAUAUGGAUGGUGGUACUUUCACCAUUAGCAACGGCGGCGUUUUUGGCUCUCUCUUUGGAACACCCAUCAUCAACCCCCCUCAGUCUGCCAUCCUAGGCAUGCAUGGCAUCUUUGACAGGCCGGUGGCUGUGGGAGGCAAGGUGGAGGUGCGGCCCAUGAUGUACGUGGCACUAACCUAUGAUCAUCGGCUGAUCGACGGCAGAGAGGCUGUGACUUUCCUCCGCAAAAUCAAAGCAGCGGUAGAGGAUCCCAGAGUCCUCCUGUUGGACCUUUAGGAGGAACCACACGCCCUACACAUUGACCGUGCAGGAACUGAAAACCAGUCUUCUCCCUGCCCCCUCAUGGGUCCCGGGUUAGCCUGGUGAUAGACAGGCACAUGCUGUUGGCAUCGAGCAAGGAAGCCAGGGCACUACGUAACCAGCAGUUGCAGGUCUUUUCUUGGUGUUCCUGCCAGGCUCUCUUCUUCUUCGCACCCUUCUUACACUCUAUCCUACUUCCUUAGGCUUCAGGGAGAGGGAGAGAGCCUUAAUGGAUGCUCAUUAAUAAUUCCUGCCUUUCUUCCAUCAGCCCUCCCUCUGCAGAGAUGAUUUUGCUUCUCCCCUGUGCCAGUAUACUAUAGGGAAACCAUCAGGGACCAUGUGAUUAAGUUUCUGUCUUUUGAAGGUCUGUUCUCCAGAGACACCUCGGAGGGUGCCAUGCUCCCAAGCUAGAGCAGCCUCGUCCUGGCUGUGCACAUGCUCACUUGAUUCCACUUGUGUGGAGGUAUUGACCACAGGCCAAGAGGUGCUUUGCUUCUUAAAUGGCACCUUCAUUCCCAGCUGUCACUGACUUCAACAUGCCUCUUCUACCUCUUCCAGGGAGCACAGGCCAGGGGACGUGGGUGGGAGCAGGGCAGGCUGUGUUGAGGGGAGAGAGGCAGAUUACCCGUUACCCGAGGUCAUAGGUUGUAAGCAAGACUGGAGCAGAACCCAGGCCUGCCCUCCUCCUCUGCCAUAGCCUCACCAGGAAGACCAUAGACACAGUCACGCCUAGCUUCCAGGCUGCUAGCAACCAUUCUAGCUCAUUGUUCUCAUUUAGAGCAGAUUGUAGCACAUUGUGGCAGUGGGACAGCAUGGUCACAGCCAACGGCUGGAACAUGGUAGAGGUUGGGGUGAGGGAAGCUCCCUGUGGACUGGCUCAGAUUGACUUGAGCUUUUUAAAUUCUGUGGGUAUAAGCACGUGGACUGAAGAAGCAGUUCUGUUCCUUUCUGCAUUGUGGCCCCCAGGGAGCGGGGCCUUAGCUCUUCCUCUGGAACACAGAUCUAGGGGAGGAUGGACUGUGCUGGAAACCAGCCCCAGGAUGUUGGUACACGAUGGAGAAAUGGCUGACCUAUCUGGGCACAAUCAUUGGAAUUCCUUGGAGCAUGGGUGAACACACAUCUGCUGAAAGCAACUGGGAUUCAUCACCUUGUAUCCAACUACAUACAGGCCUGAGGCUGCUGACACUUGACAUAGGGAGCCAUUUCAGUGCAGAGUGCCCCUUGUAUCUUGAACAAAGAAGCAAGUCCUGGGUG